AUGUCACAGUUCCAGGGCGUGACCCCCGCAGACAUCCAGGGGUCCCUCGGCAUGACCCUGAGGAAUGAAAAGAUUGACACGGCACAGGCAUUGGGCAUCGAGCUCCUCAUCACCUUCGUCUUGGUCAUCACCGUCUUCGGGGCGUGUGAUGAACGCAGGAAUGACGUGAAGGGAUCAGCUCCUCUCGCCAUCGGUCUGUCGAUCACCACUUGUCAUCUCUUCGCCGUCCCCAUCACCGGAUCUUCAAUGAACCCUGCAAGGAGCUUCGGUCCAGCGGUCAUUUCCGGUCUCUGGCAGGACCACUGGGUAAGGAAAGGGAAGGAGGGAAGGGAGGAGAGGGAGGGA